GCCACCGUCGAGGUUAACGCAUCCAAACAGCAUCCCUCCUAUCGACAAAGAUCCAGAGUGGUUGGAUAAGUUUCCUGCUAUCUUUAAACAGUCAAAACGUCCUUGUUAUGCAUCUCAGAUAGCAGCUAAAGGACGGUCAGUGUCGUUAAGGACAGGCACCAUCUUCUGCCAGAGUCCGAGUUUGUGAAGAUGUCGACCACCGUGGAUUUCCACUCUCAGAUCGCCUCCAUCAUGGAGGUGCUGGCCAACGCGGCUGUCGCAGAAAUUUGUAAAGUUGUGGACGAUGGAUACGCGGUGGUUCAUCUGGAAAUGUCCCGGAGCCAGAAGGAGAACGAAUUCCUGAGGAGGAAGAUCAAGCUGCUGGAGCUGCAGAUGGCCAGGUACCGAGCGGAGAGGGUGAAGGGAGCGGAGGGCUCCAUCAGCAGCCGCUUCCCCGGGGUGCGCCUGCUCAGUCGGACGAACAGGGACUCACAGGCGGGCCCCUCUCUGCAGGGCAGGACCAGGUUUCUGAAUCGAGGUCCAGGAGCUCAUCAGUCUGUGCAGAAGAUCCAGCUUGUCAGUCUGGACCAGGAUCCUGAUCAGGAGGUUGUGACCACCACGAAAACUGAGUCAGCAGAGCCUGAGGAUGAGGGGGAGCUGCUGAUCGUCAAGGUGGAGGGAGCAAUGGAGACCGGAUCCAUUAACAACAAAGUGCCGUCAGCAGAGCCUGAGGAUGAGGGGGAGCUGCUGAUCGUCAAGGUGGAGGGAGCAAUGGAGACUGGAUCCAUUAACAACAAAGUGCCGGUACAUGCCUGCAUUACCACCGGAGGAGAUGCUGCCACCACUGCCACAUUGCUCAAUGCCAGUGAUGGUCAGCCAUCCAGACAGCUGAGGGAGAAGAUCGACAGUGGAUCCGACAUCAUCACCUUUGUUGUUGGCAGGACAGCUGAAGUUGUCGACAGCGGUGGUGCUUUUCACAGUUCCCAGCUGGAGCAAACAGGAGCUGGGGACAGUCGGCCUUUGAAUAAAGGUCCUGAUGCCAGGCUGGGUGGAGAUUCUGUGACAGCUUCUUAUGAUGGAAUGGAUGGCAGCAAGGAUAACCAGGCUGCAUUAGACCCCUCUAAGCCCCCAAAGUCAGAGUUGAUAGUCAUUGAUAGAGGAGGGGCAUCAGACAAAGAGAAAAGAGGGGAGGAGCGGGAAUUGUCAGAGGUAGUCCAGACAAAUAGAGAUGGGAGCAGUGGAAGAAACAGACCCGAGGAAGCUGUAGCACCCAAGAUUCAGUGUGCUGGGCUGGGAUCAGCAGGAGACAGGUCGGCGCAAGCACCAUCUGUUCUCCCUCAUGCUGAUCCUCCAGGAACCUCCAGCAUUAACUCCUCCAAUGGCACACACCUCCUGAUUAUACACCACCCUGUGGGUCAACCCAACCACAGCCAACCCAAACCCGUUUCCAGCACCCGUCCCCUGUCUUUCUACCAGGCUGUUAGAAUGGAGCGUCCUUAUGGAUGCACCAUCUGCACCAAGCGCUUCUUCAUGGAAUCAGACUUGCAGAAGCACAUGGCCAGGCACACCAGGGAGAAACCCUACACCUGUCAACUGUGUGGCAAAAGCUUUGUGUGUCAGAGUCAGCUGGACAUCCACCGCAACGUGCACACCGGGGAGAGACCUUUCAGCUGCUCCAUCUGCAACCGACGCUUCUCCCAUCCCAGCAACCUCAAGAGGCAUCAGAAGAUCCAGCACUGAAGCCAAAGGCAAAAUCUCCCACAGCUCCAGUGCACCAAAGCGUUUCCUGAAGAGGCAAUCUUAUAAACUACGAACUGUCCUCAGCCUUAACUUUUGAGAUUGUUUAUCAGAAGCAGAACAAGAUGGAAGAAAUACAAAGAGAACUCAAAGACAAUGCAGGAAACAAAAUCAAGAAUAUUAGUACUAUUCUCUGACCUUCCUGUUUAAGUCACCAUCUAAACCCAACAUUUUAUUUGAAGUGUAGGCAGUCUGAAUCUGUUAAAGUAACUAUGUAUAGACAAGUGCAGAAUUUAACUGCACUGAAUGGCUAUUACAAAAAUUGCCUGGAGGUUUAUAGAUGAGUGACAACGUCAGGGAUAUUUGAAUACUCUGUCUAAAGGUGAGUAGCUGGAAAUAAAAGCCCCCCCAGCACUGAGCCACCUGGUGAACUCCUGACUCUUCGAUAACAUGAGCAGCUGGUAAACUUUAGAGAUUUAUAUUACCGUAUUUUUCGGACUAUACGUCGCUCAGGAGUAUAGGUCGCACCAGCCAAAAAAUGCAUAAUAAAGAAGAAAAAAACAUAUAUAGGUCGCACU